AUGAGCAAGUUUCGAACGAACUGAUGAUUCCUUUGGUCUUGGCCGCAACAACACUGGCCUAAGUAUGCUGAAUAAGUAUGUAGACUAAAUAAGCGUUGAUUCAGGUGACAAAGGGCCGAAUCUUGCAAGUGGUUUGCAGUUCGUCUUCUCAAUUUCUAACGGCCAUGCAUGCGACCUUGAAAGCCGCGGUUGGCGACAGGCUAGUACUCGUCAUCGACUUUUCAUUUCCGUCACAGCUGUCGGGCUUAUCAGUUCAGCAUACUCGGGACAUCAUCGGGAUAGGCUCUGGGAAUUCGGCGGCGUUGAGGGUUGGAACUCGAACCCCAACGAGGGGGUAUACUUUUAUGCGAACUACAAAGGGCAGCCCGUGAUCCCCUUGAUCUGGACUCAGAGGUAUGAAGCAAGAAGCUAAGCUCGCCAAAGUGCUGAGUUGUUCUCUGAGCACUAAUUCUUCAUAGACUUACCGAUGCCUCUCUCGCUGUCGCCCUCUUGUCCAUUUUCAUCAUGGUAGCACGGAUGGUCAUGACAUCCUGUGGCCAGAUGUCUCGGACUUUCUCGAUGCUUUACGAUGCUUUCCUUGCCUUCGUCUGGAUUUAUAGCGUCUCGUUACAGGCAUCUGGCGAUUUCUCUGACAUGGAACAUCUAAGCCCUCACCCAUGGUACUUGACUCGACAUUGCCCCGAACGAGUUGGGGAAGAAUGCCAUGUUGCGCAGGCUAGCUUUGGGAUUUCAAUCAUCGCUGCCGCCUUCUACAGCGCUCGAUUCGCUCCCAGCGCUUUCGAAGUGGCAUACAAGCAUUGGAACAAUCGGCAUAACGGGUAUCAAAUUGUUUCCGUUAAGCUGGAUCUUGUAGAUGAGGAGGAUGAGGCUUCCGAUGAAGAUACUUACAUGAGGGAGAGGCGAAGGUACUUGUGCCACCAAGACGCAUUGAGCCCAGUACUUGCAUUCUUCCCUGAAAAUGUCAGUCAGGCCUCAUUACAUCGGCGUGGGUCAGUCAAGCCCAGUUUUGUGAUGAUGGUAAACGUUGAUGCGAGGAUGCAGCAUCAGGAAAUCAUUUCAAGCAGCCAAUGA